CCCUCCCCAUUUUAUAAGUGUAAUUUUCGGCCACAUAGAGAGAGAGGAGAAAAUUAUUAUUUUGUGUUACAAGUUAUUUUUCUAAAGUGUUAGAAAUAUACACAAAAUAUUAUAAACAAAUAUUUAUAAGAUAAAUAUUUUACUAUAUAUUUAUUACUCCCAAAGUAGUAUUAUUAUAGUUUUUACUAUCCUAUAUUAAACUUGCUAGCACAAGUUUAAUCUUGGACUCCGGAGCAAGUUCGUGUGGAUACGUUGGAGGCUUCAUACGUUUGGCGCUACGUUCAUCUCCUCAAAACCAUCCCCGACCGUUCCUCCGUUCUCCGUUUUCACCGUUAAGGUCAUAAAUUAGACAUAAUUUGAGAUAUCACCCAAAAAAACAAUCUAGGCCGAACAUUGACAGGAAAAUAAAGUUGGUUGAAGACGCAACUAGUGAGAGAAGGGUUUGUGCAGACUGUUUUUUCUCUGUUAAUGGCCGCAAGGCCCUUACCCUCCAUCAUUUCCUUAUAUCGCAAUCGCAUCCUCCUUUCCCAACAGGCGGCGGCGGCGCCGCUUCCAUUCACUUUCCACCGCCUUCUACCGCUAGGUUUGCCUCUUUCUGUUACGCAGCAGCGCCGCAACCAGAAUCCUCCAAAUCUGUCUUUACCGUCACAGCGGCAGUACUCAUCUCAACGCCUCCGGCAGCAGAAGAACUUGUCGGAGACCCUGGAUCAGAAGUUUGGAAAAGCUAUUCGCCUUCCUGGCGCCCCCUCGAAGGCCCAAGUUUAUGCGGAUGUCAAUGUAAUUCGACCUAAGGAGUACUGGGAUUACGAGUCCUUGACCAUUCAAUGGGGGGAGCAGGAUGAUUACGAGGUAAUUAGGAAGGUUGGAAGAGGAAAGUACAGCGAGGUGUUUGAAGGAGUGUACUCUACAAAUAAUGUGAAGUGUGUUAUCAAAAUACUUAAGCCAGUGAAGAAGAAAAAGAUUAAGAGGGAAGUUAAGAUUCUUCAGAAUCUAUGUGGCGGACCAAAUAUUGUGAAGUUGCUUGAUAUUGUCAGAGAUCAGCAAUCAAAGACUCCAAGCCUAGUCUUUGAAUAUGUGAAUAACACAGAUUUUAAAGUGCUUUACCCAACUCUCUCUGACUUUGACAUUCGAUAUUACAUUUAUGAACUUCUCAAGGCAUUAGAUUACUGUCAUUCUCAAGGUAUCAUGCACCGCGAUGUGAAGCCUCAUAAUGUCCUUAUUGAUCACGAGAAGAGGAAACUUUGGCUAAUAGAUUGGGGACUUGCAGAGUUUUACCACCCCGGGAAAGAAUAUAAUGUCCGUGUGGCUUCUAGGUAUUUUAAAGGCCCUGAACUUCUUGUUGAUCUACAAGAUUAUGACUACUCAUUGGAUAUGUGGAGCCUUGGCUGCAUGUUUGCAGGAAUGAUCUUCCGGAAAGAGCCAUUCUUCUACGGACAAGACAAUUAUGACCAGCUUGUUAAGAUCGCUAAGGUAUUAGGGACGGCUGAACUAAAUGCUUACCUAACCAAGUAUCGUUUGGAAUUAGAUCCAAACUUUUCAGCCCUUGUAGGAAGGCAUAGCAGGAAGCCAUGGUCAAGGUUCAUUAACUCUGAAAAUCAACAUGUGGCUGUCCCUGAGGCCAUUGACUUUGUGGACAAGCUGCUGCGUUAUGAUCAUCAAGAAAGGCCAACUGCAAAAGAAGCCAUGGCUCAUCCAUAUUUCUACCCAGUUAGAAAUGACGAAAAUAGCCGGGCUCGUUCACGUUAGGAUGAUUCCAAAAUUUUAUGGGUUCUUGUAUUCUAUUUUAUUUAUUUUUUAAUUUUUUGAAUGGAAGGAGUGGGGUGUUAAGCAUAUUGUGGUUGGUGAAGGCUUUUCAUUGUUCAGAAAUCCCAAUGAUUUAUUUUUCUUUUACUGGUUUCCUUUGUUCAUUCCUUCGGAAAAGAAAGAUUUUUCCUUGGAAUAUCGUCAAAAUGUUCGUUUGUAGCACUGUCAUCUUUAACAUUGGGUGUGCAAAGUCAUGCAAAAUUACUUGUGAAAAUGCUCUUUUAUCGGCAUCUCUGCCUUGUGCUU